UAGCAUUCCAUUCGGAUUCAGCCAUUCCUAAAUCCCAAUUUCCUUUUUGCCUCUUCCAGGCUUGCCUCUUCUCUACCCUCUUCCCUUCCCAAGUUCGCAAUUCGCAAGUCGCAACUUCGCCGGCAGCCGGCACUCCCUGACUCCCAGUCCCAGUUCCCUUCAGCUUCACCUUCCCACUUCGCAGUUCGCACACAGUCGGCGACGGCGAGUUCAAACCUCCUGUUCCAGAUCGGCAGAUCCAAUCAUCCCCUUCGGACUUCGGCUUCCACCUUCCCAACUUCGCAGCUCGCACUCUCACAGACUCGCAGUACUCCUUCGGAUCUUUCGUCCUUCAGGUUUUAUUGUUCUUGGGUUGCAGCUCUGCUAGAGCCUCAGUUUAUUUAGAUGGAGAUUCAAGGAGGUGAUGCUGGGCCAAUUGAUCUGGACAAGACAACUGUUACCUUAGAACCAGAUAAGGCUAGUGGCGGGGGAUUAUAUGUUCCAGGAAAGGAUAGAGUGGUUUUUAGGCAGCCUGAAAGGAAAUCUCUUUUAGGGCUGGAUGUACUUGCUAACGCAAAACGAGCUGAAUCUAAGGUUGAUGGUGCAUUCAAGGUUCCAAAAGAAAGAGUUGCUUCUGUUGUAGCAGCUGUAGAUGAAGAGGAGAAUUCUCCAGUGUCAGAAAUAAAUGAAGUAGGGAGUAAUGAAAAUGUUGCGGCACGGAAUUUUAGUACUAGGAGAUAUCGUGAAACUGCUUCAAGUGGAACAUCUGAUGCAGAAAGUAAUAUUACUCAAGAUGGGCAUAUUAGUGAUACACCUGGGACUCAUCGCUCAACUGUACAUAUGCGUUCUGAGAUUGCUGCAACAUCUCCUAGUAGUUCAGAUGGUGCUCGGAGUAGGAGUCAAAGGCAUGACAGAGAUGAUGAUCAUGGAAGGAAAAUUUCCAGGGAUGACAGCAGAAGUGAAAGCAGAAGGUCGAGGCAAAGACACAGCUAUGAUAGUGUAGAUAAGAAACAUGGAAGGGAUGCGCGUGGUCGGUAUGAGAAGGAUGGAGAGUACGGGAGAAAACGAAGCAGAUAUGAAGGUUCCAGGAGGACACCUGGCAGAUCUGACUGGGAUGAUGGGAGAUGGGAAUGGGAGGAUACACCACGUAGGGACACUUAUUCUAAUACAAAUAAAUGCAACCAAUCAUCACCAUUCCCAAUGUUGGUUGGAGCUUCACCUGAUGCCCGGCUUGUUUCUCCAUGGUUGGGUGACGAUACACCUCAUUCUGCAGGACCUGCUGCUUCUCCCUGGGACCAGGUCUCUCCUUCUCCUGUUCCUAUACGAGCUUCUGGAUUGUCAGUUAGAUCUUCAAGUUCUCGACAUGGAGGAAGAUCUCAUCAACUUACCUACACUGCAGAAAACUCACAGCUAGAUGUUGAGGAUGAAUUAGAAGAGAGGAGUCAUUUAGCUAAAGAAUACAAUGGAGAGAUUACUGAAAGCAUGCGGUUGGAGAUGGAAUACAAUUCUGACCGUUCCUGGUAUGAUAGAGAAGAAGGCAGCACAAUGUUUGACUCAGAUAGCUCAUCAAUUUUUCUUGGGGAUGAGGCUUCCUUUGAAAAGAAAGAAGCAGAGUUGGCCAAAAAAUUGGUUCGAAGGGAUGGAACUAAAAUGACACUGGCUCAGAGCAAAAAGUUAUCACAGCUAAAUGCUGACAAUGCUCAAUGGGAAGACAGACAACUUUUGAGAUCUGGAGCUGUUAGAGGAACUGAGGUGCAGACUGAAUUUGAUGAUGAAGAGGAGCGCAAAGUUAUUCUCCUUGUUCACGAUACAAAACCACCUUUCUUGGAUGGAAGGGUUGUUUUUACCAAGCAGGCAGAACCAAUAAUGCCUUUGAAAGAUCCAACGUCUGAUAUGGCUAUAAUUUCACGCAAAGGAUCUACUCUUGUUAGGGAAAUUCAUGAAAAGCAAAGUAUGAACAAGUCACGUCAACGUUUUUGGGAACUUGCUGGUUCAAAACUUGGUGAUAUCCUUGGGGUUGAGAAAACGGCAGAACAGAUUGAUGCUGAUACUGCUGUGGUGAGCGAGGAUGGAGACGUAGAUUUUAAAGAAGGUGCAAAAUUUGCCCAGCAUUUGAAGAAGGAUGAAGCAGUCAGUGAUUUUGCAAAGUCAAAAACCUUAGCACAGCAACGACAAUAUCUGCCCAUAUAUUCUGUACGAGAUGAGUUGUUGCAGGUAGUUCGCGAAAAUCAGGUAAUUGUAGUCGUUGGGGAAACUGGUUCAGGAAAGACAACUCAACUGACACAGUAUUUGCAAGAAGAUGGCUACACUACAAAUGGUGUUGUGGGCUGCACACAGCCAAGGCGUGUGGCAGCUAUGAGUGUUGCCAAACGAGUUAGCGAAGAGAUGGAAACUGAGCUGGGUGAUAAAGUAGGCUAUGCUAUUCGAUUUGAGGACGUGACCGGACCAAACACUGUUAUUAAGUACAUGACUGAUGGAGUGCUUCUGCGCGAGACCUUGAAAGAUUCUGAUCUUGACAAGUACCGUGUCGUUGUAAUGGACGAAGCACAUGAGAGAUCACUGAGCACAGAUGUUUUGUUUGGGAUACUUAAAAAAGUGGUUGCUCAGCGUCGUGAUUUCAAGCUCAUUGUGACAUCAGCAACACUGAAUGCACAAAAAUUCUCUAACUUCUUUGGAAGUGUACCAAUAUUCCACAUCCCUGGGAGGACAUUUCCAGUGAAUAUCUUGUACAGUAAAACUCCAUGUGAAGAUUAUGUUGAAGCUGCUGUGAAGCAGGCCAUGACUGUACAUAUCACCAGCCCUCCUGGUGAUAUCCUUAUCUUUAUGACUGGGCAAGAUGAAAUUGAGGCAACCUGUUAUGCGCUGGCGGAGCGCAUGGAACAGCUCAUCUCCUCCACCAAGAAGGCGGUCUCUAAACUUUCAAUACUUCCAAUAUACUCCCAGCUUCCAGCUGAUUUACAGGCAAAAAUAUUUCAGAAAGCUGAAGAUGGGACCCGGAAAUGCAUUGUUGCGACCAACAUCGCCGAGACAUCUUUGACUGUAGAUGGAAUUUUUUACGUCAUCGACACAGGUUAUGGUAAGAUGAAAGUAUACAACCCACGGAUGGGUAUGGAUGCUCUUCAAGUGUUUCCUGUCAGCCGUGCUGCUGCUGACCAGCGUGCUGGGCGUGCUGGUAGAACUGGGCCAGGCACAUGUUAUCGGCUUUAUACGGAGAAUGCAUAUCUGAAUGAAAUGCUGCCUAGUCCCGUGCCAGAGAUCCAGAGGACCAAUCUUGGCAAUGUGGUCUUGUUGCUCAAAUCUCUCAAAAUUGAUAAUUUAUUGGAUUUUGAUUUCAUGGACCCACCCCCACAAGAUAACAUCCUUAAUUCCAUGUACCAGUUGUGGGUCUUGGGUGCCCUUAACAAUGUUGGGAGCCUGACUGAUAUUGGUUGGAAAAUGGUUGAGUUCCCAUUGGACCCUCCACUCGCAAAGAUGCUACUAAUAGGGGAACAGUUACAUUGUUUGAAUGAGGUUCUGACAAUUGUAUCCAUGCUUUCAGUGCCAUCAGUUUUCUUUCGGCCCAAAGACAGAGCAGAGGAAAGCGAUGCAGCAAGGGAGAAGUUCUUUGUGCCAGAAUCUGACCACCUAACCCUGCUCAAUGUUUACCAACAAUGGGAAGCGAAUGGCUGCCGUGGGGAUUGGUGUAAUGAUCAUUUCUUGCACGUGAAAGGUUUGCGGAAGGCUAGAGAAGUGAGAUCCCAGCUGAAGGAGAUUCUCAAGACACUGAAAAUCCCACUCACAUCCUGUGGACCGGAUUGGGACGUAGUAAGAAAAGCCAUAUGUUCUGCAUACUUUCACAAUGCAGCGAGAUUAAAGGGCAUUGGUGAAUAUGUAAAUUGCAGGAACGGAAUGCCUUGCCAUUUGCACCCAAGCAGCGCACUUUAUGGGUUGGGCUAUACUCCGGAUUAUGUGGUUUAUCACGAGCUGAUUUUGACAACUAAGGAAUACAUGCAGUGUGCAACGUCCGUGGAGCCCCAGUGGCUGGCGGAGCUGGGUCCUAUGUUCUUCUCUGUGAAGGAUUCAGAUACGUCUAUGUUGGAGCACAAGAAGAAGCAGAAGGAAGAGAAAUCGGCGAUGGAGGAGGAGAUGGAGUCUCUUAGAAAGGAGCAGGCAGAGGCAGAGAGGGAAAGCAGGAGGAAGGAGAAGGAGAAGAGGACAAAGCAACAGCAGCAGGUUUCUAUGCCAGGGUUGCGGCAGGGAUCAUGCACUUAUUUGAGACCAAAGAAGCUUGGUUUGUAAUUGUAAAUUGCUCUGUACUAAAUCAGUAAAAUUAUAUAUCCUUGGUUGAUCUUCUUUCUCAACAUCUUCUUCCAUAAAAUCUUUGAGAGAAACUGGCUUUUAUGUGCCUACAGAAUACGGAUGAAAAAUGAGAGUAAUGCGUGUUUAACAUCCCCAGGUGUCUGUAUUGUAACGUUAGUCUCAAGAUUCAUUUCAUGGAAACAAAAGAUUCGUUUUAUGUAUUGUUUGCUGACCAAAACAGGCAGGACAGUAUUUUUCUUU